UUUGUACAUUUUAUCCUUUGCAAUUGUUAUUUUUUUUAAAUAGUGUUGUUUAGAAGGAGUGCACAGGCGCACUUCACAGAGUAGGCGUUCCCUAACGGAAAUAUGCAAAUACAUGUGCUAGAACGCGCCAAUAGAAUCUCGCUAGCUCGGGCUUGGCUCCGCCCACUAUGACUCAUAUGUUCCGGUUUGAAACGGCGGGUCUGUGGUCUAUCUUGGUCUAGUUAUAAUAUCUGUGUCACUGGCGUGAGGGUCAACGUGCAAAGCGUCUGUAGAAAACAACAGCAGAAGCAUGAAGCCCCAACAGAAGUUGUUAAACUCAGUAGACUGCUGUGUAGACGAGGCCCUGGAAGGUAUUGUCUCCAGCUCUGGAUGUCUCUCUCUGCUGAGGGGCCACAGAGUGGUGGUCAGGGCUGACCUGGAGGCCCUCAAGGGCCGGGUGGCCUUGCUGUCUGGAGGGGGGUCUGGACACGAGCCAGCACACGCAGGGUAUAUAGGCAGUGGUAUGCUCUCAGCAGCUGUUGCAGGUGGUGUCUUUGCCUCCCCUCCCCCGGCCAGUGUUCUAGCGGCCAUUUUGUCUCUACGUGACGCGGGCGUGUCUGGGGUUCUACUCGUCGUUAAGAACUACACCGGAGACCGCCUCAACUUCGGCCUGGCUGCGGAACAGGCCCGUAACCGCGGCGUGGCGGUGGAAAUGGUGAUUGUGGCGGACGACUGUGCGUUUGAUCAGCCCAGUAAGGCUGGGAGGAGGGGCCUGUGUGGGACGGUGUUCGUUCACAAGCUUGCUGGGGCUCUGGCUGAAGAAGGUUGUCCAUUGGACGAGAUUGUCUCCAAGGUGACAGAGGCAGUGAAGGGCAUUGGUACUCUGGGUGUCAGCUUGUCUCCCUGCAGUGUUCCAGGCUGUCUGCCCUCCUUUCAACUGCCUGCUGGAGAGAUGGAGCUGGGACUGGGUAUCCAUGGUGAGCCUGGCAUUAAGAGGUCAAAGGUGACCUCGGCGGAUGAGGUGGUGAAGACCAUGGUAGACCAUAUGACCAACCCUGCCAGCCAAUCACAUCUGUCGCUCAAGUCAGGUGACAGUGUGGUUCUGUGCGUGAACAACCUUGGAGCUCUGUCUUGUCUAGAGAUGGCUGUUGUUACUAGAUCUGCUAUCCACUACCUGGAGGGUCGUGGGGUGCGGGUUGCCCGGGUGAUGUCGGGGUCGUUUAUGACAUCACUGGAGAUGGCGGGAGUGUCUCUGUCAAUGAUGAGAGCAGACCAGGAGAUACUCCGACUGUUUGAUGCCAAGACCACAGCCCCUGCCUGGCCCAACCUCAGUACUGUGUGUAUCAGUGGGAGGAGCUACAUUCUGGACCCUCCAGCGAAAGACAUGCAAGAGACCUCGCACACAGAAGGUCCUCUCAGUGAUGUGAUGAGGAAGGCUCUGGAAGCAGUGUGCUCUUCCCUCCUUCAACGCCAAGAGGAACUAAACUCACUGGACAGGGCAUCCGGGGACGGAGAUUGCGGGAACACUCAUGCCCAAGCUGCCAAAGCCAUUCAGGAGUGGCUUCAGAGUCACAUUGUUCCUGGGUGCCCGGGGCAACUACUGUCCACUCUCGCCGGAUUGGUGCAGGAGAGAAUGGGCGGGUCUUCAGGAGCGUUAUACAGUUUGUUCCUGACAGCAGCUGCUGCUCUUCUGAAGGACGGCGGCGACCCCGCAGCAUGGGCCAACGCUAUGCAAGCUGGGACAGACGCUAUGAGAUGGUAUGGAGGAGCUGAUCCUGGAGACAGGACUAUGUUGGAUGCUCUGUGUCCAGCAGUGGAGGAACUGAGGAGACUAACAACAUCGCCUCCUGGUGGUCACAUGGCCAUUCUGCAGGCUGCUGUGGAGAAAGCUGAACUGGGGGCGGAGUCUACCCGUGACCUCACAGCCAGGGCGGGGAGAGCCAGCUACAUCGCCACAGUACGCGUGACCCUUCCUGACCCUGGUGCCGUGGCGAUAGCUGCCAUCUUGAGAGCGGUGUUCGAAGCCCUGGGAGGACAGAAGUGACGUCAGACGGACAGACACACGUUGUCGUCAUCGUUACAGCUGUUAGACAUGGUGAUCUGUUUGAAAAUGUGAUAUUAGAUAUUGUGAAAAGGAAGAUAUUAUAUUAUAUAGCAUAUUAUCCAUGACAUAGAAUCAUGAAUCUGACAAGGGAUGAUUUCAUCAUGUAAUCUGAUAACUGGAGUCUUAACCAGUGAAUCAUGGCAAUGAGGAAUGGAAGGGCAAGCGACUCUGUAAGUGAGUCUAAAGUAGAUUGUAAAUGAGCCAUGAACUGAAAGGGUCCAAUCACGAUGAGAAGAAUCUCACACUGAGUCCCCAAUCCAUUUCAUGCGGAUGAAAUUACCGAACUCAUGGAAAACAUGAAAUGCCCGGAACAAUUUUAUAAAAGCAGACAGACGAUUUGUUCGUUUGACUAUGGUGUGAUUUUUUUGUGUCGGUAAAAUUAAUUAAUGGGAGAAAUGGCGGUGGAAGCGCUUUUUUUUUUAUGUGCAAAUAUUGAUGUAAUAACCAUCAUAUGGAAGUAAAGUUGGAGUCACGCGAUGAUCUGCUGUGUGGUCCUCCCACUACGACUCAGGAAACCAUGCAGUUUAUUAGACUACAGAUGUAAUAAUUGAUCAAUUUCACAGGGUGGUGAAUGUGCAAGGUGAGAUUAUUUUGGUGACAUGAUAGAUCUGGCCUUGACUAACACAAUGAAUGAUAACUGGCCUUGGCUAACAAAAUGAAUGAUAGAUCUGGCCUUGGCUAACACAAUGAAUGAUAGAUCUGGCCUUGAAUAACACAAUGAAUGAUAGAUCUGGCCUUGGCUAACACAAUGAAUGAUAACUGGCCUUGACUAACAAAAUGAAUGAUAGAUCUGGCCUUGACUAACACAAUGAAUGAUAACUGGCCUUGACUAACACAAUGAAUGAUAGAUCUGGCCUUGACUAACACAAUGAAUGAUAGAUCUGGCCUUGGCUAACACAAUGAAUGAUAGAUCUGGCCUUGACUAACACAAUGAAUGAUAGAUCUGGCCUUGGCUAACACAAUGAAUGAUAGAUCUGGCCUUGAAUAACACAAUGAAUGAUAACUGGCCUUGACUAACACAAUGAAUGAUAGAUCUGGCCUUGACUAACACAAUGAAUGAUAGAUCUGGCCUUGACUAACACAAUGAAUGAUAGAUCUGGCCUUGACUAACACAAUGAAUGAUAGAUCUGGCCUUGACUAACACAAUGAAUGAUAGAUCUGGCCUUGACUAACACAAUGAAUGAUAGAUCUGGCCUUGAAUAACACAAUGAAUGAUAACUGGCCUUGACUAACACAAUGAAUGAUAGAUCUGGCCUUGACUAACACAAUGAAUGAUAGAUCUGGCCUUGGCUAACAAAAUGAAUGAUAACUGGCCUUGGCUAACAAAAUGAAUGAUAGAUCUGGCCUUGACUAACACAAUGAAUGAUAACUGGCCUUGGCUAACACAAUGAAUGAGAACGCAUAACCUGAACCACACAGCUAACCUUAAAUUAGGACAACAAAAAAAAGCACAUUUUUGUUUUCAUGAAUUUUUACGCUCUAACCCAUUUUGAUUUUGUGGCUGUGGUAACUAGUGACAACCGAACUUCUGGGAGCUGGAGAUCAUCCUCUUCUCCACUACAGCUCUGAUAUGAUUCAUUAUUGUUUCUUCAAGGCCUUUCGUACAGUCACAAAUAAAGUAACUGAGUCCACACAGA